AUGGCUUCUGGAUCAUCUAAACCAAUGUUUGUUUUGUUUGUUCUGCUCCAGAUGCUACCAAGCACUAUUCAAUCAAAGCCAACUACUCAGACAUUGGAAAAUUUCCGAAGUCUAGUGGGAUACCGUAAAGGUCAUACUGUUGAAGGGCUUUACGAGCUCAAACAGUUUCUCAGGAAACUUGGUUACAUAAAUUUCGAUGAUGCAAGCAACAAUGGACACAAACAUGGGAACGAUAAUGAGUUCGAUGACCAUUUGGAUUCUGCUAUCAAAGCAUACCAGGCUAAUUAUCAGUUGAAUGCCACGGGCAGCCUAGAUGCUGAUACUCUAAAACAAAUGAUGAAGCCAAGAUGUGGCAUUGCAGAUGUGAUCAUGAAUAGCAAUAAUUCCAAGUUAAUCAAUCGUUUUGGAGCCUCUCAGUAUGAAUUCUUUCUUGGAAAUCUGAAAUGGCCACUCUCAAAGACUCAUUUAACCUACCACUUUCGUUCCAGUGUCCACGUAACUGUCGCAGAAAACACAAGGUCCGUUUGUUCGCGAGCUUUCCAAAGAUGGGCAAAUGUGAGCCGCUUUACUUUCGAGGAAAUAGCUGAAGACCACAUUGCUGACAUUGAAAUUGGCUUCCACAGUGGUGAGCAUGGAGAUGGCUACCCCUUCGAUGGUCCACAAGGAACUCUAGCCCAUGCCAGUCCACCAACUGGUGGAAAGUUACACUAUGAUGCAGAUGAAAAUUGGAGCACCAACCCUGGUCCUGAUGAGAUUGACUUGGAAUCUGUCACAGUUCAUGAAAUCGGUCACCUUCUAGGGCUUCAACAUAGCUUGGUCCCUGAUGCAGUCAUGUAUGCGUACUUUGACUCUGGGAUUACAAAGAGGGGGCUGCACAGGGAUGAUGUUCACGGUAUUCGUGCCUUAUAUGGCUUAUUAUGA